AUGCACUGGCAGCUGCACCAGGACCCCCGCUCCGUCCACGACGUCUUCGGCAGAUUCUUCGGCGCGCAGGGCGCGAGCCAGCAGCCGAGCCCCCUGGCCGCCGCGGUGCUUCGGCAGCUGCACCCGGACCGCGUCGCUGACGACGUCUUCGGCAGACUCUUCGGGGGAGGAGGGGGCCCCGAUCGGCUCCGACGCCCGCGGACGCCCGCGCCCGCAGGGCCGGCGGCGCCCACCGCGCGGCCCGGCCAGGGGCGAGGCGCUCGGGGCCCGCUGCUGCCCCCGACGCGCCCCCUCCCGGACGGCGCCGUGGGCACCGACUGCGCCGUGUGCCUGGAGCAGCUGGAGGCUGGCCAGGGUUGUUGCCGCCCGCCGUGCCUCCACGCGUUCCAUGGUGAUUGUCUGCGCGAGUGGGCCGGCCACAGCCAGACGUGCCCCGUGUGCAAGACCUGGGCGCCCCGGCCCCCGACCGGGAGCUGCGCUUCCGGCUAG